UAUAAACAUUGCAAGAACUAGAGGCAUUGCUUAGUGCAUCUAGAAGUUGGUUGCCAUCAUAUUAUGCAUUUGCAAAGGGUGUAAUACCUACUACACUUGUGUUAAGGUGUUAUUCUAGGGUGGUUGUGUCUUUGUUUAAUGAGAAAUUGAGUAAUUAUGUAUAUAUAAGAUAUACGUAUAUAGGUCUAGCAAUGGCAUAUAUACCUAAAGGCUUCUCAGUGAACCGUAUGGCGAACAACCUUCUUAAAUUAAACAAAAGUACAUAGUAAAGAUAUUUACGUAGAUGAUUAAGCAAACAAACAAAUGAAUAAAUGAACGAAUAAAUAGAUAAUUAGAUAAACAGGUCACCAGAAGCAGAUAUAGACGUCUAUGGGAAGGCUCGUGGGGAAUUACUCCUCUCUUCCGGUGCGUUCAUUCACCAUCCUGUCGCGCGUCGUUCACGAUUGUCUUUUUUUUUUCUUUCUUUUCCUUCGUGGAACUUUAGAUAGAAAGCUUUCUUUACUCUUUCGCUGUCUUCCUUUCAUUCUAAGCCUCGUUUUGUUUACUUCUACCUUCGAGCAGAUCGAAAAGAAGAAGAAAACUGAAGGAAGGAAUCUUAGAGACUCAUUACUUCGGCACUCUCUCUCACCUUAGGCUCAUUUCCCAAAGGAAGGAUGCUUAGCUUAUGUCUUUGUUUGUUCUCACGGCUCGGUUUUGUUGUUUGUGCAGAGGACUAAGAAUGUUUUUUCGUGAGUCUCUUCCUUCUUUCUUCUGCUCUGUCCUCAAUUGGUUUAUUUGUUGACAUGUCGUUGUUUUGUGAUCCCAUUCACAGACCUUAUAAACGUCCGAAGUCCUCCACUGUCAGCCUCUUUCUCAGAUUAUAUGUCUAGUGUUCUAUUAAAUAAAAUUAAUGCUAAACAAGACGUCUAAAGCUGUAAAUAACAAGGGAAUUCAGUGUCACCUUAAAUGAUUUGAAAGCAGCACUAAAGAUAAAAGCUAUAAAGGGAAACAGUUUAAAUUUAAAUAGCUCUGCACCGGACAGCGUAGAGUGUGCGCGUAAUUGUGUUUGAGGCGCGCGCUCUUAGGGACCAGGAGGAACCACGAUGAAAUUUUGACAUGAAAACCAUGAUGUAAAGCUUUCGCGUUGGCUCUCUUUACGUUAAUUAACCUAUUUCUAAUUGGCACUAAGGCCGGGAGACUCCUCCUUAGUGCUUGACGUCAGAGUUUCUCCACUUGGACAGGACGCUCAUUUCCUCUCUUCUAGGAGAACUGAAGUUAUUAUGUAAACACUUACAUAUGUACAUCGCUCUUCCUCACGUCCUGGUUGACAUAAGGACAUGUUUCUUGAUUCGUUUAUCCUCUUUAUUUUGCGUUCUGGGUAAAAGGAGGCACUUGCUGGAGCUUGUUACAGACCCAGGCAACGACAAAGUAUAGGGUUUCCCCGCCAUUUUUGACGUUUUUUGACGGGCCUUAGCCAUAAGGACGAAUGUAUGGGUGCGCUUUUAGACUUACUGACGUGACGUAACUUCCUCUCCGACGUCCGUUGGGUCCUUUACAUAAAGAGCUGCCCAAAUUCUGGUCUUGGUCAUUCGUCUUGGAGUGCCCUUCGUGCGCUGUUAUCUUUCCCGCCCCAUCUGUGAUUCUGGGUCUCGAUCCAGACCUGUCCUCUAACUGGCGAUCAGCCUGGAAUCGACGGAAAAACCUCAGGGUCUGAAUUGAACGUUUUACAAGUACUACUACUACUACUACUACCCGGCCAUAUUGACACCAUCAGCAAGAAGACAAUACUGACAUUUCGUGUUUCUACGAUCAAUCCCUCUGGUUUAAUCGGGUUGAUCUGAUCAUCAAACCAAUCCUAAGCCUUGAGCAUUCGUUAAAAACGAGAUGGACUUCGGCGCAGGUACCCUUGAGUCCUCCCUAGGCGAGGAGUCCUUCCUGACUCAAGCGGUCAACCUCGACACCAUGUUCAGCACAUAUCUGACGACGCCUGCAGAGGGUUCCCAAGGGCCCGGCUGCGAUGAUGGCCUCUACUACCAGCAGCCUCUGGAAUACAGUGCCUGCAGUGGUGGCCUUCCUACCGCGGGAGGCCUCUACUACGUCGGGCAGGAGUCCUGUGGGGCGCCGGAAGACGAGGGGACUAAUAAUCAUUCGUACCGGAGGACGCCGAUCGCCGAGUGGCAGGGAGAGGAUUGUCUGAGCUGGGCCCUGUCCCUGUGCACCGAGAGAGGUCUGGAUGCCUCCUCCGCCCACAAUCUCUGGGGCCUGAGGAAGGCCACGGGCGCCGCCCUCCUGAGGUCCUCCCCCGAGGACUUGGCCGCCCUCGUGGGCAGUCAGUUAGGGCGCUUCCUCUUCCAGGAACUGCGGGCGAUGAUCAACAAGGGCGCCGGCAAGCAAUGGCACAGCCCCGCCCCCUUUUGCGACACCGCCCACCACGACGUAUCACUCGACACAGUGUCUUGUGACCCGAGGGAGGGGCUUGGGGCGACCCCGCCCCCUUUCGGAGGGUACGACGAUACCUCCUCCUCUUCUUCGUUUGGGGGAUACAGCGACGAGGAUCUGGCCGACCUGUUCAGGCGUGUCCCGCAGGAGGUGUGGGACCUUCUGCCGGAUUCCCUGCAGGAUUUCUCGAUGCAGGAUCAGCCGUUGCAGAUCAAAUAUGAAGAACCCUUAGCAGAGGCCUCCUAUCCUCUCCCUACGGCAUUGGGGCAUCUGGGGGGGUCAUCACCCCCUGUGGGAUUUGGCUCCCCUGUGCCAGGUCACCUGUCUGGGACACCAAAUGACGUCUUCAAGAAGAUCCCCACUAAUACCAGAAGGAAAGAGCGCGGCCCAAAGUCCUGGGAGUUCCUGGUCCGCCUCUUGGCCGACAAGCGAACGAAUCCUUCCGUCAUCCGCUGGGAAGACGAAGCGACAGCCACCUUCCGUCUGACCCAGCCCAAAAUCAUCGCCCAAAUGUGGGGCGGGAGAGCGGAUAAGCCCUCUCUCUCCUACGUCAAUUUCGCCCGUGGUCUCAGGUACCACUACAACACAGGCGCCCUUGAGCCCGUCUCCGAACGCCAGCUGGUCUACAGGUGCGGCCCAAAGGCCCUCAAGUACCUGCAGGAGCUGAAGAGCGAGUUGCCCUGAGAGGGGCGGACCUGACUGGCCUUCGUCCCUGAGACAUAUUCCCGUUUAAAUGGUAUUUGAUGAUUUAAAUGGCUAUGAUUAUUAGAGUAUUCAAAUUACAUUUCAGCUGUUUAGUGGUAUUUAACUGAUUUAAUAGCUAUUUAAAGAAUUUAAAUGGUAUUUAGAUAUUUUAAAUGACAUUUAUAUAAUUUAAAUGUCAUUCUAAAUUAUUUAAACAUCAUUUAAAGAAUUUAAAUGACUGUUAAAUUAUUUGAAUAGCUAUUAAAUUUUUUAAGGACAUUUGAAUGGUAUUUAAAUCAUUGGAAUGACACUGAUAGCCAUUAAAUGGCAUUUAAAUGGCUUAAAAGCCUUUAAAUGUCAUUUAAAUUGGAUUAAAAUACCUUAAAUGUUAUUUAAUGGCAUUAAAAUCCUUUAAAUGGCAUUAAAAUCCUUUAAAUGGCAUUAAAGUCCUUUAAAUGACAUUAAAUCCCUUAAAUGGCAUUUAAAUGACAUUGAAAUCCUUUAACUGACAUUUAAAUGGCAUAAAUUCCUUUAAAUGGCAUUUUAAAUCAUUUUCCAGACAUUUAAAUCCAUUCAUUGUCAUUGAAACCAUCCACAUGACAUUUGAAUCACUGUAAUAGCAUUCAGUCUGUUCCAACUUCCGGACCAGGGGUGCAUCAUGGUCCAAAAAAUGCGGUCCUUCUGAAAAAUGGUCUCGGGGACCAUCGUCUCUGUCGCAAUGGUCCUACCAAAGGACUCCAGCCUCCACCUACGCUUAUUAGUUAGUCACAUAAUUUAAGAUAUGAAUGAAUCUAUUCGUUUUUUUAAUUUAUUUAUUUAUAUGAGCUAAUGUCAUAAUGUUAAAGUGAUUUUUGUAAUAUGGGACGGUUUGAAUUAUGGAUGUCUUAAGGCCUGUCCACACUAGCGGGCAUACCCGUCGGGCACUUCCAGUGGUCUAUAUUUUCUCUCGCUUCUGGAGCAGUGUUACCAGACAGUCGCGUCAUUCUGGCUCCAUACUCUGUCGGUCAGUAUAGCGGAACGGGUUAUGGGAACCGUGUUUGCUCGUCGGGCGGUGCCCGCUAGUGUGGACAGGGCCUUAGAUUUUUACAUCGUCGCUCACUCAGGGAGCAAGUCUUACGAAAUACUUUAUUUUUGUUGUUGUUGUUGUUGGGGGAGGAGGGUUGGAAAGCCCUAUUGAAAAGCCAAAAAAGUGUCUGAAAAAGGUCUUUGGCGUUGAGUUAAAGAUACAGGAAUUUUAGGGUAGGAUAUUGAUGAUUUAUUUAUUAGAACGGAAAUGUUUAAACAGCACAGAACAAUUAUUUCUGAUGAAAUACAGCGUAUUUGAUGCUCGUUGUUGAAGCAACCCUCUAUUUGACCUGUAGGUUUUAGCGCACGGCCCGAGUAAGCUGGAGGGCGGAUCACGCCAAAUACAUUUUAAAUCUAAAAUCUCAGAUUUUAUUUUAGAUUUUAUUGAAGUCAGUGACUAUAAAAUAAUAUUUUUUAUAUUUAUUAGUGAAAUAUUAUUUAUAUUUAUAUAC